AUGUCCCUUUCUGAAAAGUUAGAAGUUGCCGUUCGGGAUAUAGAAAAUGAUUUCUACAUUGAUGACGAUUUCCUCAUCAAGGCCUCGCAAUACUUUGAAGAGUCCAUGAGAGCUGGCUUGCAGGCCCCAGAACAAGAUAGAGCACACAUGCCAAUGAUCCCUACAUAUGUGACAAGCUUACCAACAGGUAAAGAAAAGGGUUUAUUCUUGGCUGCUGAUUUGGGUGGUACCAACUUUAGAGUCUGUUCGGUUGACCUUAAAGGUGACCACACUUUUGACUUGAAGCAAAGCAAAUUUAGAAUCCCAUUGGACUUGAUGAAGGGUGACCACGCCGAUGACUUGUUUAGAUUCUUAGCAACCAAGAUUGCGGCUUUCCUUGACGAAAACCACCAAGAUUGCAGAGUCAAAGGGUCUAAGCCAUUGAAAUUGGGUUUUACUUUUUCAUUUCCUGUGGACCAAACUGCUUUGAAUAGAGGCACAUUGUUGAGAUGGACAAAGAGUUUUGAUAUCCCAGAUACUGUUGGAAGAGAUGUUGUUCAAUUGUUGCAAGCCAACUUGACCGUCUUGGAAGUCAAUGUUGAUGUUGUUGCAUUGGCCAACGACACUGUGGGAACAUUAUUGUCAAGAUCGUAUGCCAACAACCCAGAAUACACCCACGCCAACACAGUAAUUGGAUUGAUUUUUGGUACUGGUACCAAUGGUGCUUACUACGAGUCAUUUGACAGGAUCCCCAAGUUGAAGAACAAGCCGGAAGGCGCCAAGGGUAUGGUUAUCAAUACCGAGUGGGGUUCAUUUGACAAUGAAUUGAAGAUCUUGCCAAACACCUUGUACGACAAGAUUGUUGAUUCAGAAACUGCCAACAAGGGUUACCACAUGUUUGAAAAAAGAGUAAGUGGAUUAUUCCUUGGUGAGAUUUUGCGUGUGGCAUUAUUGGACUUGUUUGAGAAGGGUUUGAUUUUCCAAGAAUUGUAUAAAGAAAGAGGUGGAAGCUUGCCUCAUAGAUUAAUCACACCAUGGCAAUUGGACUCUGAGGUUCUUUCGUAUAUCCAAAUCGACGACUCCACUGCAUUGAAGAUGUCAGAAUUGAUUUUGCAAAACACAUUAAGAUUGCCAACUACAGCAGAUGAAAGAGUCGUGAUUCAAAGAAUCACUAGAGCCAUCUCCAAGAGAGCUGCGCAAUUAGCAGCAAUUCCUAUUGCAACAAUCAUUAGAGAGACAAAAGACUUGUAUGCAGACGACGAAAGAGACUUUGAAGUUGGUUGUGAUGGUUCAGUUAUUGAGUUUUACCCUGGUUUCAGAGAUGAGAUUAUGAAGGCAUUCAAUGUAAUCGACCCAUUAAAGGGAUCGAGGAAAAAAGUGCACUUGAAGAUUGCCAAGGAUGGUUCUGGUGUUGGUGCUGCUUUGAUUGCUGCAACCACCGAUUGA